AUGAACCAAAACCACCCCGAGAAAAACCCGCGACUCGAUCCCAGCCGCCGCCUGCGUGCCCCCCGCGGUACCGAGCUGAGCUGCAAGAGCUGGCUUACCGAGGCGGCGCUGCGCAUGCUGCACAACAACCUCGACGCGGAGGUCGCCGAGCGUCCCGAAGAGCUGGUGGUUUACGGCGGCAUCGGCCGCGCCGCCCGCGAUUGGCCAAGCUUCGACGCCAUCGUCGCCACCCUGCGCCGCCUGGAGGACGAUCAGACCCUACUGGUGCAGUCUGGAAAACCAGUCGGUGUCUUCAGGACCCACACCGACGCGCCACGGGUCUUGAUCGCCAACUCCAACCUGGUGCCGGCCUGGGCCAACUGGGAGCACUUCGACGAACUCGACCGCAAGGGCCUGAUGAUGUACGGCCAGAUGACCGCGGGCUCGUGGAUCUACAUCGGCAGCCAAGGGAUCGUCCAGGGCACCUACGAGACCUUCGUCGAAAUGGGCCGCCAGCACUUCGGUGGCAAGCUCGACGGGCGCUGGAUCCUGACCGCCGGCCUCGGCGGCAUGGGCGGCGCCCAACCGCUGGCGGCGACAUUGGCCGGGGCUUCGAUGCUGGCGGUGGAGUGCGACGAGAGCCGCAUCGACUUCCGCCUACGCACCGGCUAUGUCGACCGCAAGGCCACCGACUUGGACCAAGCGUUGACCUGGAUCGAGGAGGCCUGCGCCGAAGGCCGAGCUCUGUCCGUGGGGCUCUUGGGCAACGCCGCCGAGGUGCUGCCCGAGCUGAUACGCCGCGGCGUGCGGCCCGAUGCCGUCACCGACCAAACCUCGGCCCACGAUCCGGUCAACGGCUAUCUGCCGAUCGGCUGGACAGUCGAAGAAUGGCGCGACAAGCAGCAAAGCGCAGCUUCGGAAGUCCGCGCUGCCGCCGAGGAAUCGAUGGCCACGCACGUCCGCGCCAUGCUCGAGUUUCACCGCCGGGGCAUCCCGACUUUCGACUACGGCAACAAUAUCCGCCAGGUGGCCAAAGAUCAGGGAGUGACCGACGCCUGAUUUCCCGGCUUCGUGCCGGCCUACAUCCGGCCGUUGUUCUGCCGCGGCGUCGGGCCGUUCCGCUCAGCGUUGUCGGGCAACCCCGAGGACAUCUACAAGACCGACGCCAAGGUCAAAGAGCUGAUCCCCGACGACCCGCACUUGCACAACUGGCUCGACAUGGCACGACAGAAGAUCCAUUUCCAGGGGCUACCGUCGCGAAUCUGCUGGGUGGGGCUCGGCCAGCGCCACCGGCUCGGUCUGGCCUUCAACGAGAUGGUGCGCUCGGGCGAGCUCGAAGCACCGGUGGUGAUCGGCCGCGACCACUUGGAUUCCGGCUCCGUGGCCAGCCCCAACCGCGAGACCGAAGCCAUGCUCGACGGCUCCGACGCGGUCUCCGACUGGCCGAUCCUGAACGCCCUCCUGAGCACCUCCGGCGGCGCCACCUGGGUGUCCUUCCACCACGGCGGCGGCGUCGGCAUGGGCUACUCCCAACACGCCGGACUGGUGAUCUGCUGCGACGGCUCUGAGGCCGCCGACCGGCGCCUCGAGCGCGUGCUGUGGAACGACCCAGCCAGCGGCGUCAUGCGCCACGCCGACGCCGGUUACGAGAUCGCCAAAGACUGCGCCAAAGAGAACGGGCUGGACUUGCCAGGGAUCGAUUUGGGGCGGACCGCGGAGGAUUCGGAGUAA